GAACUUUGGUCUCCACGGUUUCUCGUCACCGAGUCACGGAAUGUAGAGCUAAACUCGCAGAAACGUGGAGAUCGCUGGUUCAGCCGGGCAGCCUUCAAUCGGUGUUGAACUACUGACAGGUGGACUCCGGGCCUCUUCGACUAAAUCAGGAAGACGAACGGCUAAAGAUGGGGGGAAGGAAACGAGGACGUGGUGGAAAUGGUACCGUCGCCCCCCAGCAGGGACCACAGAAGCCCCGGGGAGCCAACGGAAGGGCUCUGAGGGAGCCGGCCAUCUUUGCUAAGGCUAACGGCAGUACCUCCGAGCCCCCUCCUGAGAAGCUAACACUGGCCCAGGCCCGGAGAGGGACCCCAGCAAACCGUCCAGUUAGAGUUUAUGCCGAUGGCAUCUUUGACCUGUUUCAUUCGGGCCACGCACGCGCUCUUAUGCAAGCCAAGAACCUGUUUCCAAACACACACUUGAUAGUGGGAGUCUGCAGCGAUGAGCUCACCCACAAGUACAAGGGCUACACGGUGAUGACGGAGGACGAGCGCUACGACGCGCUACGUCACUGCCGCUACGUGGACGAGGUGGUGCGGGACGCCCCCUGGACCCUCAGCCCAGAGUUCCUCAGGGACCAUAAGAUUGACUUUGUGGCUCACGAUGAUAUCCCGUACACCUCGGCAGGAUCGGAGGACGUCUACAAACACAUCAAGGAAGCAGGGAUGUUCGUGGCCACACAGCGGACGGAGGGAAUCUCCACCUCGGACCUGAUCACUCGUAUCGUCCGGGACUACGAUGUCUACGCCCGGCGUAACCUGCAGAGGGGGUACACCGCCCGGGAGCUCAACGUAGGCUUCAUCAACGACAAGAAGUACCGCCUGCAGAACCAGGUGGACAAGAUGAAGGAGACGGUGCGCACGGUGGAGGAGAGGUCCAAGCAGCUGGUGUACCGCGUGGAGGAGAAGAGCGUGGACCUGAUCCACAAGUGGGAGGAGAAGAGCCGCGAGUUCAUCGGGAGCUUCCUGGAGCUCUUCGGCCCAGACGGAGCCUGGAAUGCCAUCCAGGAACGUGGUGGGCGGAUGCUGCAGGCUCUCUCCCCUUACUCCUCCCCCCGGGGCUCCCCCAGCAGCAGUCCCACCAGGAGACGCUCCCUCUCCCCCCAAUCUCCCACCUCCUCCUCCCCCCCUCCCUCCUCCAUCUCCACCCCCUCCUCCCCCACCUCACGCCGGAAGAAGAAGGGGGGCGCCUCGUCCCGUGCAGCAGGAGCCGGCACUGGCCUCAGACCUACCCGGCAACACGGCGGCCAAUCAGGAAAAUUGUAUUCAUGAAUUAAAUUAUGCUGUCGUUAAGGUGUCCAGCUAAUUUUUUAACAAGCUAUAGAAGAUAAGAGAAUGGAUCUGGUUUGAUAAAAUUCUGCUUUUAAAAACCACUUCUGACUGUGAUCUGCUGAAGAGCAUGUGGGCGUAUUUAUGACAUAUUUAAGAAAACACAAAAGUCUAAAUGUGUCUGGUAAGGUAAAAAUCUGGGGAAGAUAUGUGUAUCUGAAUGUGCAAUAAGGUAAUUUGCAUGGCAUACUUUUGACAAUUAGCCUAAUGGGAAUAAACUCUAUAUUUUAUAACAAUAUUUUUUUUUCUUUCUUGCUUGAAAUAUUAAAUGUCGAAAAGUAAAAAAUAAUGUGCAUUGUAUACCGUACAUUAGAAAGGACCAUGGAAAAGUAUGACAGUAAAAAAGUAUCUCAACUGUA